CCCAUCCGCGGCCCCGCGAGUUCACAGUCCCCGCAGGAAGGGGCGGGCCCUGCCGGCUGGCUUUGCAAAGGCCCCGCGUUGCCAUAGCGACCCUGGCCGGGCUCUGGACGCCAGAGCACUAGCCUCAGGCAGCGACAGAAGCUGGAGGCUGAGGGCGGCGACCCCAUCGCUGUUUGCCUGGGACUCCAGAUCCAGACUCCGCCCCGCAGGAGAGCGCAGCACCCUCUGGCCCCACAGAAGCAGCCAACAUGCCUAUCUUCAAGUGCCCGCAAAAGUCGGAGCCCCUGUGGAAGGAGUGGGACAAGAAGGCCCAGAAGAACGGACUGAGGCACCAGGUGUUUGCUGUCAAUGGCGACCACUAUGUGGGCGAGUGGAAGGACAACAUGAAACACGGGAAAGGAACACAGGUCUGGAAGAAGAACGGAGCCAUCUAUGAGGGGGACUGGAAGUCUGGGAAGCGAGAUGGCUAUGGCACCCUCAGCCUUCCUGACCAAGAGACCGGAAAGUACAAGAGAGUCUACUCAGGCUGGUGGAAAGGCGAUAAGAAAUGUGGCUAUGGGAUCCAGUUUUUCGGACCCAAGGAGUAUUAUGAGGGUGACUGGUGUGGCAACCAGCGCAGCGGGUGGGGUCGCAUGUACUACAGCAACGGAGACAUCUACGAGGGCCAGUGGCGUAACGACAAGCCAGAAGGGGAAGGCAUGUUGCGCCUGAAGAAUGGGAACCGCUAUGAAGGCAAUUGGCAGAGAGGUGUGAAGAAUGGGUCAGGGCGUUUCUUCCACCUGGACCAUGGUCAGCUGUUUGAAGGCUUCUGGGUGGACGACGUGGCCAAGUGUGGCACAAUGAUUGACUUCGGCCGCGAUGAGGCCCCUCAGCCCACCCAGUUCCCCAUUCCUGAGGUCAAAAUUCUAGAUCCCGACGGUGUGUUGGAGGAAGCCUUGGCUAUGUUCAAGAAGACAGAAGAAGAAGGAGAUUGAUGCCAGAGAGAUCACCAGCACUACAGGAGAAAUUCAAACCGGAGUCACCCAACUGCUCGGACUGGUGCGGCUCCCGUUGGAGGAACAAGUGGGGACACACCCUUGGCACCCUCAGAAGGCACCUUACUCCUCCCAGCACUGGCUCAUUCCUUCCCAGAAGGAGGCCAGUGCUUCUCUUCCCUGCUGGCCUUGGGGACCCUCUUGUUACCGCCUUUUUUCUUGGACCUCAUCUCUGAGUGCACCAGAAUAAAGGAGGACCCUGGUGGCAA